CCCCUCCAUGGCGAGCUCCAGUGCUACCCAGUACGGCUCCGGCCAGGUCAAGAGGUCAGCUCAGUCCUCGCCUCCUUUGUCCGCCAGCACUCCCUCACCUCUGCCCAUGUGCUCACCUGUGUGGGCAGUGUCACCCAAGCCCGGCUCAGGAUGGCCAACGCUCAAGUGACGCAAGAUUUUGAAGGGCCGUUCGAGAUCGUGUCUCUAGUCGGAACCCUAUCAGGCGGGGAGGCUGGCCACCUGCACGUCAGUCUGAGUGACGCAAAGGGAAACGUCAUCGGUGGUCAUGUGAUCAGCAUGACGGUGUUCACGACAGCAGAAGUCAUGAUUGGUAACUGUAAAGGUGUAAAAUUCUCAAGGCCAGACGACCCAGAGACCGGAUAUGAUGAACUAGCCUUUGAACAAUCCGCGGAUGCUGUGGCUGGAAAGUAGAUCGCACCUGAAAUAUCCGGUGAAAAGAGUCUGGACUAUUAAAUAAACUUGAGCCCUAUAAU